GAGAUAACUAUAGAUUUUAUGUUAUCAAUGCUAGAAUGCGCCAUUGAUCCAAUUGGUACAAAAUCUCCCGCCAUGAGUGUUUUGCUUACUCAUCGAUCAAAUAAGUCGCAGAGAAAGGGUAUUCGUAGGUUUUGUCUGAUCUGUUGUUAAGGUUUCUACCUUGACAAUGGAUCUCCCCGUCAUAGAUCUUUCCCCGUACUUGGAGCUCUCUGUUAAUUCUAGUGGAUCUCCUGCAAAUGUAGAGAACCAACUCGAUCCUCAAAUGAAGGAUCUUUGUUCCGAGGUCAGUCGAAUCCUACGAGAAACUGGAGCUCUAUUAGUGAAGGAUCCGAGAUGCUCUACUGCGGACAAUGAUCGGUUCCUCGACAUGAUGGAGAAGUACUUUGAAAAGCCUAAUGAAUUUAAGCUUCUUCAAGAGCGCCCCCAUCUGCAUUACCAGGUUGGUGUAACUCCUGAAGGUCUUGAGGUUCCACGAAGUCUGGUGGAUGAGGAAAUGCAGCAGCAAUUAAAAGCAAUGCCUGAGGAACAUCAGCCAGCUACUCCUGCGGGACCCGACCCUAAAUGGCGAUUCAUGUGGAGAGUAGGCCCUCGGCCAUCUAGCACUUGUUUUAAGGAACUGAAUUCUGAUCCUGUUAUACCUGAAGGUUUUCCUGAAUGGAAAGAAACUAUGGAUUCAUGGGGCUGCAAAAUGAUUUCUGCAGUUGAGGCUGUUGCUGAAAUGGCAGCAAUUGGCUUUGAGCUGCCAAGGGAUGCAUUCACCUCUCUUAUGUACCAGGGACCUCAUCUGCUUGCUCCCACAGGAAGUGAUCUUCGACGUUAUGGCCAGGAGGGAAAUGUGUUUGCUGGAUAUCACUAUGACCUUAACUUUUUAACCAUCCAUGGCAAGAGCAGAUUCCCUGGUCUGAACAUUUGGUUAAGGAAUGGGCAAAAAGUUGAAGUUAAGGUUCCUGUUGGGUGUCUCCUCAUUCAGACAGGAAAGCAGCUAGAAUGGUUGACAGCAGGGGACUGUUUAGCUGGCAUGCAUGAGGUGGUUGUGUCUAACAGGACAAUAGAGGCAAUCACACUAGCACAGCAGCAAAAUCGGAGCCUGUGGAGAGUUUCUUCAACAUUGUUUGCACAGAUUGCAUCUGAUGCUGUGCUUAAGCCAUUGGGCCGCUUCGCUGAUUCCUCAAUAGCUGGAAAGUAUCCUCCCAUUUGUGCAGGAGAGUUUGUUGAGAAAGAACUUGCAGUGAUAAAUCUGAAAGGAAAGAAAGAAGAACAUUGAUAAAUGGUAUCAGAAGAUCAAGGUUUCAAGGUUACAAAUAAAUGAAUCAAAGUGGAACAAAAUGAAAUGAAUGAAGUAUCAUUUCUUCUUUUUUUUUUUUUUGGGGGGGGGGGGGUUGGGGUUAAAGUAUCAUUUUUCAUUAACCAGGAAAAGUGGGCAUGAGGAGAUAGUGAUUUUGAUUCUAAUUAUUUAUCUGGGAUAUUUCUAAAAUCUUAUUCAAUGUAUUCUGGAUUACGGGAAUAUCCUUGAAGGAUACAAAUAUUUAUCUACAACUGUUUUCAUAUUUUGUGUAGUGUUUGCGAAAUUCUAAUAAAGUUUUGCAUAACGUGUAUUUGGAAAGUAUUCCUAA